AUGACCGACCAGGUUGCCUGUCGUCGACGUAAACGCAGUCUUUUUGGCGUCGCCAUCGCCGCAGCUGACAUGGGCGACAACGUCAAACUGGACGCUAACGAGUACAUCAGCACCACCCACACCUUUGUGCCGUUUCUCGACCAAGGUUAUUGAUA